ACUAUCGGAUUGGAAUAUUGACCCACUGAGAAGAUUCGGCGAGAAACUCAGUGGAUUGUGUCUAUGGGCUAGGUUUCACGUCUCGUAUGUAACUGUAACUACAUUUACUAUCUAUUACUAUCUAUAUAUUUGACGCGAAGCAGUCAUGUGUCCGAGUUUGAGAGAUAGGACAAUCGCUAUACAAGACACGGAUCAUCAGAUGUUAAGGGAUUGCAUGCCGGACCCUUAACAUAACGUUAAUACCGCCACCCACCAUACAAUAAUCUAUGCACUCACCUCGAGACAACAGAUUGAGGACAUGUUUACAUAUUUUUUAAGUAUUAUUUUCAUAUUAUUAUUUUUCGGGUCAUAAGAAAGCGUGGCUGGAUUUUACAUAUCAAUAAUUACAAAAUAUGCAUCAUAAAAAUUAAAAACAUUUAAAAAAAUGGCAGUUUUUGUAUUUUUAAUAAGAAUGCCAUAUUUUUUCAACUUAUCUCGUGGACAUGGAUACGGGCAAGCAAUUUAAACUUCAACGUAGUCCAGAUGAAAAACAAACAGAGCUAUUAACAAUUUAACAAAUUAAUAGGACUAAUAGAACCACGAAAACCUCUCUGUGGUUCAAUUAUUUCCAUAUGAAGGUAGUAAGAAUAGUAGUCAUAAAUUUCUGACAACAGGUGACCAAGUAACCAUCAAAUCAACUGUUGUGUAAAUUUUCAUUACACUAAGUUUAAGAUUAUACAGCGAUCUCUAAAUAAAUGAAAAAAAACCCAACACGAAUCAGUAAACAAACCUGUUUUAAGAUAAGUUACGUUUCUGACAAAAUCAUGGCAUUAGAGACUGAAUUUUUUUUUAAAUCAAAUGUCAUGGACAUAACUGAAGACGUUGGGAUUUUUCACAACAGUUCUAUUGAAGUGAUGCGUAAAAGCUCUCAGCAGGAAUCGAUUGUUUCUUGGGAUCGCAGCUAUUAUUCAUCCCUGCAUGAGAUAUGUAAAGAAAACAACGAUACGCCGCCUUUCGUAAGUAUCGUGCUCGGUGACGAAGCAAGUUCAACUUCUGGGAACUUGACGGAUAGUUCGACACAAACAGAAACAUAUGUAACGCUACCGUACAACGGUAGUGUCAAUGACGCGAGUUUGUCGUUCAGUAAAGACUUUAAUAUAAACGAUUUAUUAUCUAAUGGCAAUGAAAACUUUCAACAAUCAUUGGCGAGCAAGCGUUAUCGACGAAACUCCAGCGAUGGAGAUGAAAAGGAUUCGAGGCCAUGGAAAAAGACGAAGUGUACAGAAUCUUGUACAUCGAGCUCAUCAGAUUUGACUGAUCACAAGAACUCUGUUACCCAAUCGGUUUCAUCUUGUCAAUUAUCCAGUACUUCUGAUGUUUCAUUUAAAUCAGUUAACAGUAGCCAUUCUUAUAAAGUACGGAAAAGACGAUUGAAAUCCGAAACUAACUUAUUUAGAGACGCUAUUCAGAGAUCAAGAAAGCCUAUGAAUAUAUCCAGACUCAAUCAUUCUCAAAAUAGCUCUCCAGGUGGUACACCUCGGAAGGAGAGGAACAACCGGCGCAAUGUUAAGGCCAAAUCGUGGAAGAUCGUUGACCUCUGUACUUGGAUUGGAAAAAAGGGCUUCCAGUCACUGACCGGUCUUUACAACGACGUUCAUCGAGCUCCGAUAUCUCAGAGAGAAUGCAACGAAAAAUCAACAGAAGAAAUGAAGGAAUUGAGAAAGUUCCUUGAAGAAGUAGACAUGAAACAGACACGGCUUGCUAAGGAAAAUGAAAUGCUCAGGGAAGGAAUGACGAAGAUGAUGUCGAAAAUUGAAGAACUCGAGAAUAAGCUUAGAGAAGAUAGGAAACAGCCGGGGCCACAAGGACCGCCACCUCCGCCUCCGCCCCCACCGCCGCCGCCGCCACCGCCGCCGCCACCACCACCUCAACCAGUUUCGAAAUUGCCAGUGAGGUCACACACUUUGCCGAGGUGUGGAUCAGCGCCUCCGAGAAUCGCUGGCCCUCGUCUCACUAUUACACCACAGGAUAUAGCCAAUGUGAAGUUAAGGAAAACUAAGGAUAAUCCUGUUCGAGCAAAGCCAAAAGAUAAUUCGCAACCCUUGGUGACGCAACAGAUGCUGCAAACGACGCGCGCUAAGCUUGGAAGAGCAAGACCUGUCGCUGCAUCUACUCCAAAGCAGCAACUUUCAGAAUUAGAGAAAUGCCUGUUGCAAGAAACGUCGGUGACGUCGCUUUAUAGAGGUCGCGUACUUCGUAACAAUUUUCGGAGUACCGAAGAACUACGCGUCCGACCUUACCCGACGUCGAGAUGUACCCGGUCUCCCCGUGAACCACGAUCGCCGCGUUCAAAUUCUUUACCUCGUGUACCGCUUUUGCCACCGAUGAAAUUCACAAAUGGAUGUUUGUCAAAAGAAUGACUUGUUAUUUAAAGUAACAUUAAUACGUUCUUUACUGCUGGAUUACGGUUACGCGAUAUCUUACAAAAAGAGGCUUGAAAUAAACUCCGUUAAAAAGUCCGAAUGUAAACUUAUUUAUGCGCGACUAACUAGGUAAUGAAGUCUGUAGCAAUAUUGUGCUAAGAGUAGAAUGUAAGUUCGUUUCAAGCUCCUUUUUCAGUGAUCGACAGAAUUGUUUUUCGGGUGAUUGUGUAUCACCUAUAAUCAUAAUUUGUAGUGUAUCUUGCUUUUCCAACUAGAAUUAACUAAAACAUGUCAAU